AAGGUGGAAACCAGCGGCACAGUCAACUAUGUCACAUGCUCCCUCAUGUCAUGCUUAAUAAAACUACCCACCCAUGCGGGGGCAACGCCAGACCCAAAAACGACGUCGUCCCCACCGCCCCUUUCCCCUCCCUACCGCCGUACAAUCAUGACGCCCACCGCCUCUCCCCCGCCUCGAUCGUCCCACCCUUCCUCGUGAGUGCUGUCGGCGCCACCUCGUCCUGGCUUCGUAAUCGUCGGAUUCGUUACCUCUUGAUCCUGCUUUGCUCCCCUCUCCUCCUUUGCCUCCUCUUCUUCGCCUUCCCUUUCCUAUGCGCCGUAGAUCUCUGCCUCCGCCGCUGUCUCUGGCGGAAAUUCUUCCGCGAUUCCCGCGACGAUGAUCGGCUGAGACGAUGCGAGGAAGGUUGCAGUGGAUGCGGUGGCGAUGAGGAGAAGGGCCUCUUGCAUAGGUACUUGGAGGAUCAGCUUCGUCUGGUCGGAUCUAUGUAUGAGUGUGGGGAUGAUGAAGAUGAAGAAGCACAAGAAGAAUUUCGAAGGGCCCUAGACGUUGAGAAUCUGCACAGCACUGUGGGAAAAUACCAUUUCCCUCACAAUAGUUGGAGUGAAGCUUCAUGAAGCAGCCAUAUGAUUGAUCAUUUUCUUUUGGAGUAUCAGCUAUUAAACUUAAAAUGUUUGAUGAGGUAGUUUUAUUCCAAUUGUUCUUAGACAUUCAUCCUUGUUAAAUCUGUAAGAAUUUUAAGUAAAUAUUCGGUUGUAAUUUAUAACCAAGGCAGCCCAGAUGCAUCUGCUGAUAUAUUCUUCAUGUUUUGUAUUGGCCAAAGAGAUUUACGGUUAUCUUGGAGGGUGCAUGGAAUGAAGACGGUGAAGUAUGGCUUAAAUUAAAGAACAUGUUGUUGGGUCGGGGACGAGGAAGCAUCCUCUGUUGAUCACUGUAACUACUCGCAGGGAGAAAGUAGGAAGGAUUAUAUAUGGACAUCCACUUGAUCCAUUAAGAUGCAUGACAUUUUUUAGUGAUCCUCGGCUUCAGCACUUUUUGUUGCUCUAGAGGAAUAGAUCUCUAACACGAUUUCCUACUUAUAAAAAGUUUCAAUGCCACUAUACCUCAAGACUAUUGGCAGCUUCUGUAGGUUUUGGGGCCAAUUUGAAAGUUCUCUUUGAGAGUAUAAAAGUCUAU